AUGCUAGAAGAUCUCAAAACAGCAGCAGCUGAUACUGGAACAAAGAGCAGACAUGGAUACUAUCUGCUAUCAAAGUUUGAGAUACUGCAGUGUGGCGAUGUUGAAAAACUCAAAAAGCGCGUUAACCCAAGGGAGAAUCCUGUUUAUUAUGUUAGCAUAGAAGAAACAUAUGAUGUGGUUAGGCGUGCAUAUAUAGCCACAGGACAUGGUGGUCGAGAUCGCAUGACCAAAGAAAUCAAUAAAAAGUAUGUAAACAUCACUCGCGAUGUUCUCAAUCUUUUCAAGUCUUAUUGUCAUGAAUGUCAGAAGAAACGUAAGCGCCCAAGGAUUAAGGGUGUUGUAGUGCGCCCCAUUCUCACAAAUGAGUUCGCUUCUCGUGCACAAAUUGAUCUUAUUGAUAUGCAGUCCAUGGCCCAAAAAUCAUUUAAGUGGAUUUUUGUCUACCAAGACCACCUAACCAAGUUUGUCAUUCUUCGAGCCCUAACUUCAAAGCGUGCUGCUGAGGUUGCUCAUCACCUGCUUGAUAUAUUCCUUCUCAUUGGUGCCCCAUCUAUUCUCCAGAGCGACAAUGGAAGUGAAUUCACAGCAGAGGUUAUCAGUGAACUGAAAAUUGUGUGGCCCAGGCUGGUUAUGGUCCAUGGUAAACCUCGACACCCUCAAAGUCAGGGGUCGCCAUAUGCUGCCAUGUUUGGAUGUGAAGCCAAAGUUGGCUUAACAUCGUCGUCUUUGCCAACAGAAGUAGUUGUACGGAUGCAAAGUGAGGAUGAUCUUAUAUCUGCCAUAUCCAAUGUACUAAUCGUCCUAGAACAUACUGCUGCUGAUAUACACGAAUCAGUACCAAGCACCAGUCAGGAACCAGCACCGAGCAGCAGUCAUGAAGUCAUGCCAAACACUAGUCAGGAACCAGAUGAGUGGGACAGUAGACUUGACCCUGAAAUGCCAUUGCUCUCAGCCACAACUGAUUUAGUUUUAGAUUCAGCACCAGAGUAUGGUGGUCCACCUUUGAUGAGUCCUGCUCCAGUUACUGUCUCAGCUGAUUUACUCAACGCUCGUAUAGACAGUAUCUUAAAUGAGAAAAAUGGUGCGAGUUUCUCCCAGAUGACUCAAGCUGAGCGUAUGGUCAAGAGAAGUAAACUGGAGCUAACAAGUGGACAGGUGGGAGACAACGUAGCUGUACCGAAAUAUUCUCGGAAUAAUCAUAGACCGUGA